ACCUCAACACCUCCGUGAAAUGUGUUCGGCUGACAGAUCGUUUACACCGGUAGUGCCUCAUUGUUCAAUAAAUUUGGUCUGAUUUCGCGUAUGGGAAUAUGCCGCGUCGGAGGCACAACAAUAAUAGGGUUAUCCAGAGGACUACAAGUGAAACGAUACGGAUUGGAGGAGAGACGGAUGCUAAUCACAGGCCAUCAAAUCUGCCCCCACCGCAUACUAAAAAGACGGUGUCAUCUGCAUCGUUCGUGGUAACAGGUGUUAGUACACGAGCUGAUGCAGCCACGUGCGAUUCGCCAGAUGAUAGCGAAGAGUUCUCCAGGCAGACCGACAUCGAAACUCCAUCAUUCUCUGAGGAUACUUCAUAUUCACAGUAUACCGAGGACGUCGACUACUGUGCUUGCGAGGAGAUCAUCCUGAAAAGAUGCGUGAACGCCGUCAUGACUGCUAGCGAUGAAGCACCUCAAGAACCGACCUCUUCCAACGCAGCUUCCAGUCCAAUAAAAAUAAUAACUUCCUCUUCCUCAUCCACCUCACAUAUUCCAUCUCCAGGUCGGUUCAUAGGUCGCUUCCAAGUAGUCAAAGUAGAAAGUAUACACCCCUUCCGAAGAGGCCGCUGGAUCUGUCACGAUUACGUGGACAAUUCGGAAUAUGCACCUAAAGAUGGUUACGAAUACUUUCGUGGCAAAUUCAUCAAACGUAAAGAAUUAGAAAUAAUCAAAAAGCAGAUGGAACAAGAGACUUUUAUUUUCGAUCCUCUUAUGGACAUCAACGCUCAGCAAGGAAUGCACAAUAUUACACAACCAGUGGCUCUACUUCACAAUAGUGCAACUCAACUAGUUUUUAUGAAUGCUCCAGUACUGUCUUCAAAUUACCAUCCUAUUAUUAGAUCAGAAAACACUGCCGCUCAAACUUUUAACUCCCAAAAAAUAAUUUCUACAACGCCUAGACCGAUUCUUCGUACAGGUUGUGCUCCGAAGCGCUGCAGUGUGUUCGCUCAGUUGACCGCACGCUAUUCAAAUUCAAACGCCGUACGGUUGGUUGUCUACACCCAAAUACCGUUUGUACGUGCAUAAUUUUACGUAAUCGGAUAAUGAGCACUUUCGUUGGUUUCUAGAGCGAAAAAAAAACUCCCAUCAACUUGACCUGAUCCAUUUCUAGUAGUAAAAAUAAAACUAAGAUUAUCUUGCGUUUUAUGCGGACUAAUCACCAUUAGUCUGGAUCAUAUUAAACUUGACUUUUAUAUUGAAAACUUGUAAUGUAGCGCCGGAAACGUACAAGGAAUUUUCGAUUCCUGUAAAAGAAACAUUAAUAUUUAUGAACGUAUUAUUGUUAUCCAAAAUUAAAAAAA